UGCGAUUGGGUAGGGUUCGUUCUGGUAUCCUCUACCAGACAUCUUUUCAAUCUACAGUGAACCGUCCACUAGAGCGUAAGUGUGUCGCACCCGAUCUCAGAUAUCCCCAAAAGCAUCUGGUUUGAAUAGAGCUGAAAAAUGAUUCCCCAAACAUGUUGCCAACUGGUUGCAUUGCUGUUCGGUACCGCACUGCUGCUAGUUUCAUCUACCGCCGCCGACCAAACGUACGAAUGUGCGAUAGAGAAACGCGAGGACGAAAGUGUGUGCAUGUUCCGCAAUGUCGUAUAUACCACCAGUAUGACCGGCAUCACGUUUAAGGCACCGAACGCCAAGGUACAACAUGUGGCGUUCGAGGACAGCACGCUCGACCGCAUCCCGGCCGAGCUGCUGAAUGCAUUUCCGAACCUCCGGUCGCUGAGUGUACCGAACGCAAAUCUCAGCUCCGUGGUCAUACCGGCGAAGCUGGAGCGACUGUACGCUUCGGACAACCAGAUCUCGCAGGUGAUCGUGCACCAGACGCGCGACACCACGACCAUGCUCGAGCUAAUACUCGACUCGAACCGGCUGCACGAUAUUUCCAACCUGACACGGCUGGCCAAGCUGGAGAUACUGAGCCUGAGCGGCAACAGGGAGCUGCCGAUCGAUGACACGAUCGAGCUGGGCCGGUUCAAGGGUAUGGACGGGCUGCGCCAUCUGCUACUCUCCGACGUCGGAGCACAUCAUCUCGAGAACGAGCAGGAGGUCUCACUGCCCGCGCUGGAACUGCUCGACCUGUCCAGCAACAACCUGCCACCCUCGUACUUGAGCGUGAAGGUGUUUGCACCGUUCAAGUCACUGCAGAUCUUGCGACUCGCCUACAAUCAGCUACGGGAGCUGGAUGUGCUGCAGCUGACGAAAAACAAUCCCCAGCUGAAGCAGAUCUACCUCGAGGGCAACGAAUUCCCGUGCAAACUGCUGACCCUGAUGCUGAAGCACUUCAAGAAGGAGGGCAUCGAGACGCCCGUCGCCAACCCGAACGUUCGAUGCCUGUUGGGUUUUGACAAGGAGCAGGGUUUGUGCUGCAUGGCAGACAGCAUGACCCAGAGAUAUGCCGGCCCAAUUACUCCACGGACUCCCCCGGUUAGCUUGGCGACGAGCGAGUCACCCGCGGAAAAUACGGCCGUGCGUACGGGUGCCGGCAGUGCUGAACUGGGGACGAGUACGGUGUCGACCACGACCAUGGCUGCUCCCACAGCCGGCGGUACUCCAGCCAAAACGGACGAUGGCCACAGCAUGGCUUCGAUGGCUCCGUUAGGCAACAGCUGGCUGCUAGCCGGUCUGGCGGCGGUGGUGUUGACCGUUAUGAAAUUGAACUACUAAUCCGGGUAGGCUAUUACCUCAUCAUGAGUCAUUUGCAGGAACAUGCUGAACACUACCCUCCGGAUCAUGUCAUUGGUUUGAUGUCUUCGUCUGGCUUUUUUUGCGCAACACACACAAUUCAAAGCUCGAUACCUAUACACACCACCACGAAUCGGUAUCAAAGGUUGCGAUUUGGAAACAACGGGCAUUAAGCCUUCGUACACUGAUUAGUGUUUACCCGAUGUACUUGAUUGCUAAACAAGCUUCUUUAUUUGUUAUCAUUAUUUUCUUUUAGCAACAACAGUUAACAUUUUCGAACGGUCCGUGUGUGUCGUCGUAGUGGUUGAUACUUAUUUUCUUCUAAUUUCAAGCGUUAAAUAUGACUGCUUUCGUUCACGUUGCCCAAUCUACAGACCACCAACAGUAGUAAUGAGCUUACAGGUAUUAAAUAACACUUUUUCCACAUCAUUAGCUUCUCGUAGAUGAUCGAACCAUAAUUACGGUGUAAACGGUGUGCGCACCCUUCGCCAAAUAUCAAAGUCCUUUCCAGUCAAUGUCAACAGUGCAACAUACCGCACAUACACACAUGCAAGUUUUCUAGAAAGCAUUAAGAGAUGAUAACACUCAUCGGAAGCUAGCCAAACAGGGUGAUUGAAGUAUGUUCUAAAUCGGUUUGCAACGGAAGGCAAUAAGAUUGCAAUUAGAAAGGAGGAAAGGACAUUAAGUAUUUCUUUCCAAAUUGUGUGUGUGUGUGUAAAUGCAUCUGCGUCGUUGUAAAAUUAAAAAUAAGAAAAUAAGAAAACAAAAACACACACAGUUUUGCAUCGCGUGGAUAAUAAAUGUAGAACGGAGAAUACUUAUUGUCUCCCAGGAACAGCUCGUGGCUUGGCAUGGACUACCGUUGCAUCAGUACCAAAACUUAACUCACCGGCUAGGACCGUCAUAGAAUGAUGAAGACAAUGCCCAACAAAUUGGCGCCCCUAACACUCUCACAAUUGUACGCCACGUGACUCAGUGUAGGAGCAUGAUAGAAAACUAGACUUUUAGAGUGGUAAGUUGCAGGCGAAAUACAUACACACACAAACACACCCACAGAAAAGAGCUAACAAUUAUCAAGUAUUCAGUAACAUCUCAUUAACAUCUAGUCGUAGGAAACCAACCAGUAACAUAGCAUUGCUAUUGAUGAUAUCGCGACAGAAGGGCAGCCCUGAACGCCUGCCAGUUCGUGCUGCAAUUUCAUACAACGAUUUUAAAACACAUACAGCAAUUUUUGGACAAGCUUUUUUUUUGCGUAUGUGUGAGCGUAAGCGCUACGGAUUUUGGGGAAGAGUGCGACAAGACAGCGACGACUAAUUUUGUCGGCAUAAAAACGUAAAGACGACGACGGUGCUAUAGUGAGGCCAAGUGCUCUUAGGUCGGAAUCGAACCGAAGCCAACAUGUAACAAGCGAACGUAGAAGAACGAAGGUUAACAACAGCGCGAUCGUGCAUCGACACCAACACCAAUAUUGCAAAUGUUUGUAAUGGGACGUAACGAACGAGUGGCGCGCGAUUUUCGCGCAAACCGGUGGUGUUUAAAAUGGAUGGAGAAAUGGAUUUACUGCACGGGAUGGGGGGAACAAGUGUAGGAGCAAAACAAACUGUCAUCCUAUAUAGCUAGAAGCACGCGCUCGAUCGCUUUUCGAACACUUUGAACCACUGUCACGUUCUGCAAGAAUCCGUCUUUAAACAAAAAAGAAAGAUCACUAACGCUUUUGUAGGUAAGCUGCAGAGCUGCUUGUGCCAUGGCAGGGCCAUUCAGAUCCUUCAGCACACUAUGGCCAUUUUUGUGAUUAUAUUCUAUUGGUGCUAGCGAGCUGAAUCCGUACGCGCAAUUGCUACCAUUUCUAGUGCCGUUCUAUUUCAGGCAGUAUUCCCAAUAUUCACUGUACUCUCAUGCUUUAUCGUGGUAGAAGUAAAUCGUUUUAAAAUCUUA